AUGGCGGGCACCGCGACGAGCUUCCAGAUCCAGGCGCGCGACGUGUACGGCAACCUGGCGGCCGCGGACCAGACGCUGCUGGCGGCCCGCCUCGUGUCGAGCGCGGCAGCCGUGGUGCCGACCGUAACGGUGGUGGCCGGCUCUGUGGGGCUCUACAGCGCGGCGCUGACGGCCACCGUGGCGGGGCAGUACAACCUGUCCGUCACCUACAACGGAACGCUCAUUGCCGGAGCCACGAGCCCGCUGCUCAAAACAGUACUGCCCAGCACGGUAUCCGCCCGGCAAUGCUUUGCAUAUGGGGCGGGCAUUAGCGGGGGCCUAGCCGGCGCGAACCUGUCGUUCACGGUGCAAGCCGCGGACCAGUACGGCAACGCCAUCACGAGCGGCACGUAUCUGUUCUCGGCGGCCAUCAGCCCCGCCGUCAGCAGCAGCCUCACGCUGACGGCCUCCGCGGCCGGGGUGGCGACGGGCAGCUACAGCAUCUCGCAGGCCGGCACCUACACGCUCACGCUCGCGCUCAACGGGACCACCAUCAACGGCGGACAGGCAUACAGCAUUGGCAUCGGACCAUCUGCUGUGAGCCCCGCCCAGACGACUGUGAGCGGCGCGGGGCUGGCCAGCUCGGUGGCUGGCGUGGCGGGCGUGGUGGUGAUCCAGGUGCGCGACCAGUACGGCAACACGCUGCAGGGCGAGCAGGCGCAGCUGUCGGUUGUGCUGCGCAGCCUCGCGGGCGGCAGCAACCUGACGGCUACGGUGACGGCGGUGGCGGGCAGCACGGGGCAGUACCAGGCUAGCCUGAGCCCCACCGUGGCGGGGCCGUACAGCGCCGAGGUGCGCUACAACGGCACGCUCGUCGGCGGGGCCACCGCGGGGACGCCCAAGACGGUCACGCCAGGCCCCGUGUACGGCCCCGCGUGCACGGUGAGCGGCUUGGUGAGCUCCGCGGUGGCGGGCGUGGCCCAGUCGCUGCGCAUCCAGGCCGCGGACCAGUACGGCAACGCACAGACCAGCGGCAGCCCCGCCUUCGCGGCGGCCUUCACCCCGGCCGCGGGUACCACGUGGACGGUGAUGAGCAACAACGACGGCAACAGCACCUUGCAGUACCGCCUCACCGUCGUCGGCAGCUACAAGAUGGCGCUUACGCUCGGCGGCAGCCCGGUCGCAGGCAGCCCCUUCUCGCUCACCGUCACGCCAGGCCCUGUGUCUGCUGCCCAGUGCACGGCCAGCGGGAGCGGUCUCUCCACCGCCACCGCGGGCGUGGCGGCCACGUUCAAGGUGCUGCUGUACGACGCCAGCGGCAACGCCGUCUCCAACGCCGCCCCCUCCAGCCUGGCCGCCACGCUGACGGUAAGCGGUGUGCCGACCGUGAUGGGGAGUGCGCACUCGGACGACGUGGCGGCCAACGGGGUGACGGUGUCGUACGUGGUCACUGUGGCCACCGCGUACACGCUCACCAUCACGUGGCAGGGCCAGACCAUCAGCGGAGGGGUCACCACCGUCACCGCAGGACCGGGCGCCGCGUCUGCCUCGACCAGCACUGCUACGGGCACGGGCCUGUCCGGCGGGGUGGCCGGGAGCAGCCUGGCCUUCACGCUGCGGGCGCGCGAUGCGUUCAACAACGCCCUCUCCACCGGGUCCCAAAACUUCAGCCUCAGCUUUGCGCCCGCCACCCCGACGACCGCCAGCGUGACUGACAACGGGGACGGCACCGCGGGCGCUACGUACUCGUUCAACGUGGCGGGCAGCUACACGGCACGUCUGUAUCUGGCCGGUGCCGAGCUGGCUGCAAGCCCCGUCGCCGUGCUUAUCUCGCCAGGCGCUGCUGUGGCGGGCCAGUCGAGUGCCACAGGGGAGGGCCUCUCGUCGCCCAGCACGGUGGCCGCCAACUCGAUCUUGGUGCAGCUGCGCGACAGCUACGGCAAUGCGCUCGCCAGCGGGGGCGACAGCGUCACGUACAGCGUGGCGGGGCCGUCUGCGGCGGUGAAGCAGGCCGUGGUUUAUGUCGGCGCGGGGGCCUACUCGACGUCGUACACCGUGUCGGGGCUGGGGGCGUACACGGUCACGGUCAGCGUCAACGGAGCACAGCUGCCGGGGAGCCCCUUCAGCGCCACGGCCACCGCCGGCACUGCCCGCGCCGCCAGCUGCAGCGGCAGCCUCAGCGCGGCCACACUGGUGGCGGGCCAGUCCGGGCUGCUCACGGUGCAGGCCAAGGAUGCCAGCGGCAACGCGCUCUCCAGCGGGGGCCUGGCCUUCAACGUCCGAUUCAGCCCCACCCCAGCGACUGGCCCCGCCCUGGCCACCACCACCACGGACGGCAACAACGGGGCAUACACGCUGCCCUUCCAGAUCAACGUGGCCGCCACCUACUCUGUCGCAGUCACGCUGUCGGGGACGGCCAUCGCAGGGAGCCCCUUCGCACUCACCGUGCUGCCAGGUGUGGUGAGUGCCUCUUCCUGCACUGCGGCCGGGAGCGCCAUCUCAUCUCACACGGCCGCCAGCAAUGACUCGCUGGUGGUCACGGCCAAGGACAGCUACGGCAACACCGUCACGGCCGCCACCGAUGCGGGGGGGCAGCCCAUCAGCUUCACGGCCACCCUGGCGGGCCCCGCGGGGAGCAGCAGCACGGCGCUGGCGGCCACGCCCAACCAGGGCCUGUACAACGCCACGCUCAACAUGCAGGCCGCAGGCACCUACAGCUUGCGCGUCUCCUACCAGGGCACCAACAUCAGCGGCAGCCCCUUCGGAGUCACCGUUUCUCCAGGCCCGCCCUCUGUCGCGUACAGCAUCCUGUCUGCCGCCAUGAAUCCAGUGGUGGCGGGGGCGCAGGGCGCCCUGGUGAUUCAGGCGUACGAUGCAUUCAACAACAAGCGCACCGCAGGGGGUGACGGUUUCAGAGUGACCAUGACCCUGGGCAGUGCCUCCUUCAGCGGCACGCCCGCCGACAACGGCGACGGCACCUACACGCGCGCCUUCAACAGGACGGCCGCCGGCAGCUACACCAUCCAGGCCACCUACAACGGGGCUGCCUUCAGCACGCUCGCCGCUCCGCAGAUCGUCGUGCCAGCUGACGUGUCGGUGAGCCAGAGCGUGGUGAGCGGCACUGCCCUGAGCAGCCAGGCCGCAGGCACCGCGCGCGUGCUGCAGCUGCUGGCGCUGGACGCGUUUGGCAACGCCAUCACGGCGGCCACCACCGCCAGCAGCGUGCCCAUCAUCUUCACGGCCACCGUCGCCGGCCCGCAGGCCCUCACUGCGCUGCUCACUGCGGCGGGGGGCGGCGUGUACCAGGCCACCAUCACCCUCACGGUGGCGGGGACGUACUCGCUGGCGGUGGACUACAACUCGCAGCUCAUAGCGGCCAGCCCGUACCCCGUCGUCACAAUUCCAGGCCCCAUCUCCGCGGCAGGGUCGUUGUUGGCGCUCCCCGCUGCGAGCGUGGUGGCGGGGCAGCCGUUCAGCGUGCUGGUGACUGCGCAGGACGCGUACGGCAACGUGCAGCCCGCGGCGGACCCCGCCUUCCUGGUGCUCCUGCAGCUGGCCACCACGGGGGGCGGGCCCCCCGCGUACACCGGCGCGGGCGUCUACAACUACUCGGCCGCCUACAGCGCGGCCGGCCUCUACACCGUCACCGCCACCUAUAACGGCGUGCCAGUCGGCUACAACUCGCUCAUCCUGUCCAUCGUAGCCGGGUCGCUGUACCCGCCGUCGUGCGUGGUGCGCGGCAGCGCGCUGGCCGACCUGGCGACGGGCGCCACCCGGUACCUGUCGGUCCUGGCCACGGACGCGUACGGGAACGUGCUCAACUCGCAGUACGACGCGAGCAGGAGCACCAUCCAGUUCCAGCUGGCCAUCAGCGGCGCGGAGACGCGCAGCACGGCGCUCGUGUACGCGGGCACCGGCCUGCACGAGCAGAGCUUUACGCCGCUUACCGUCGGCACGUACGGCCUGGCCAUCACCUACCGCGGCGUGGCCGUCGCAGCCAGCCCCUACACCAUGACCGCCUCCGCCAAUGACGUGUCAGCGGCACAGUCCAUCGUGACUGUGAACGGGCCGACGACGAUGCAGGCGGGCCAGGUGACGUCGCUGACCAUCCAGGCGCGUGACGCGUACGGCAACCCGAAGCCGAGCGCGGCCGCGGGCUUCCUGGUGCUGCUCAGCCUGGACGGGGCCACCAGCGGCGGCGCGCCGACGUUCGUGGGCAACGGCACGUACGUGUACAGCCAGAACGUGACGCAGCAGGGCGACUACGUCAUCCACGCCACUUACAACCAGCAGGACAUUGCUGGCAGCCCGCUGCAGCUGCACGUCGUUGCAGGCCCCGUGGUUGCGUCGGCGUGCUCGCUGUCCGGCAGCGGGCUGCAGUCGGCUGCGGCGGGCACGCCGCUGACGGUGGACGUGCAGGCGGCCGACGCGUGGAGCAACCCGACGGGCGGCCUGGUGGACGCGCUGGGCGUGGCCGUCGUGUUCCAGCUGGCGAUUAGCGGGCCAUCCGCGGUGAACCAGGUGUUUGCGGUGCUGCCCGGCAAGCAGGAGGCCACGUUCACGCUGACACGUGUCGGACCGUACACCGUGGCCGUGACCGGCAGCAGUACCGCCACAAACGUUCUGGGCAGCCCCUACCAGAUUACCAUCUUCCCAGGGUCCAUCGCCGGCAGCAAGAGCAGCGUGAGCAUCCCUGCGCUGCCGUCCCUGGUGGCGGGCACCGCGAGCAGCGUGCAGAUCCAGGCGCGCGACGCGUACGGCAACGCGCGCGUGCAGGGCGGCCAGGGCUUCACCGUCUGGCUCACCGCGGCGGGGCAGACCGUGAACGGGGCGCCCACCGACAACGGCGACGGCACCUACACCUACCCGCUCAACCUCACGGUCGCCGCCGCGUACAGCAUCAGCGUCACCUACAAAGGCACCACCGUGCCCAGCAGCCCCUACACCCUCACCGUCCUGCCAGGCGUCGUGUCUGGCCCCGCCAGCACCGCCACCGGCAGCGGCAUCGCGUCUCGGAGCGCCGGCGACGCCGCCCACGUGGUAGUGACGGCGCGGGACGCGUUCGGCAACCCGGCGACCGCGGCCACGGACGCCGGGGGGCCGGUGUUCUAUACGUACACGCUGAGCGGGGCGCUGGCGCUUACGGGCAACCUGACGGCGGCAGGGAGCGGCAGUUUCACGCUGGACUUGCCGCUGGUGCAGGCCGGCAGCUACAGCCUGGCCAUCGCACUGCGCAACCAGAGCGCCAUCCAGGGCAGCCCCUUCGCCGCCAUCGUCUCGCCGGGCGCGCCGAGCCCGACGACGAGCCGGCGGCUGCUGGUGGUGGCGGGCGUGCCGAGCACGACGGCGGGCGUGCCCAUCGUGUUCACGGUGCAGGCCGAGGACCGCUUCGGCAACAGCGUCACCGGCGACCAGGCGCAGCUGACCGCGCUCGUGUCGGACGGCGGCAACGCCACCGCGGUGGUGCCCAUCGCGUAUGCUGGGGGGGGCCAGUACAGCACCAGCUUCGCCACGACGCGCACGGGGCCGUACAUCCUGCAGGUCGUCAUGGCGGGCCAGAACGUCGUCAACAGCCCAUCCACCUUCACCGUCCUUCCAGGCGCGCUGGACGCGAGCCGCACGACGAUCAGCGGCCCGGAGCUGGUGAAGGGCCCAAGCGCGUGGACGCUGGCGACGCAGGCCACGCACAUGAGCAGCCUGCUCAUCACCACGUUCGACCAGUUCGGCAACCAGCGCGCGCCCGGCGGGGACGCCCUGCUCGCGUCCGUCACCAUGCUCGCGCAGGGGGGGGCCACGCCCACGGUGACUGCGGUGGACAACGGUGACGGCAGCUACUUUUUGCGUUGCGUGGCCCCUUCCCCCGGCAACGGCGUCCUUAACGCGUCCUUGGCCGGGCGGCCCCUGCUCUUCGGCAGCAGCCCCCUGCUGGCGUGGACCGUGGCGCCCCCCGCGGCCGUGUCCAUCUCCGCGCUCUGGCCCCCCGCCGGCCCCGUCACCGGCCAGACGGCCAUCACCGUCACGGGCCUCAACUUCUUCGCUGCGGACGUGCUGACGUGCCAGUUCGGCGGCGGCGGCGCGGCCAGCACCGCGGGCAGCUUCGUGAACUCGACGGCCGUGGUGUGCCCCUCCCCGCGCGUGGGCGCGCCCGCGCAAGUCAGCCUGCUGCUCACGCUUGGCAGCAACGCCAAUGGGCCGCAGGCUUCCUUCAUGGGCUUCCGCUUCUAUGCUGCCAUUUCCAUCACGGCCGUCUCCCCUGCGUGGGUCAGCGCUGCGGGCGGCGACGUGGUGACCGUAUCAGGGACCGGCCUGGUGGCGACGGGCGCGGCGUGGUGCCGCUUCACCGACAUCUCCGCCGCCGGCACCACCGCCGACCCGGGCCUCGUCUCCGGCCCCAACGUCGCGCCCGCCGCGACCGCGCUUAGCAUGGCGACCGUGAGCAGCGGCGGUAGCGUGUCGUGCAGUGUGCCGGCCAUGGCGGGCGCGAGCCUGGUGGCGGUGGACGUGUCGCUCAACGGGCAGCAGUUCAGCGCGGAGCGGCUGCCGCUGCCGCUCGUGGCCGACUUCGCGCCGAGCGCCAGCAACAGCUCCUUCACCGUCGGGCCCGGCCAGGCCGUCGCCCUCGACACCGCCACCACCGCCAAGGUCGCCUUCGGGAACGCCACCUUCGCCGGCAUCACGCAGGCCCCUCUCCACGGCUCUACGGCUGUGUCGGGCAGCGUGGUGCGCUACACUCCGGGCGCCAACUUCUUGGGCUCCGAUUCCUUCACGUACUCCAUCGCCGACGGCCGCGGCAGGACGGCCACGGCGGUCGUGAGCAUCGCCGUGCUGCCGCCGCCGCCCCACUUCGCGGCCGUGCCCGCCAGCAUCGUCGCGGACGAGGACGUGCAGUUCCCGGUCACCGGGACGCUAGACGGCUUCGUGCUGCAGUACCUGGACCCUGCCGCGCCCCUCUCUGUGUCCGUCUCCGCUGCGCACGGCCUCUGCUCCCUGGCCCCCGCGCAGAGCGCUCUUUGGGCGGCCGCCGCCCUUCCCCCCGCGGCCGCUGCCGCCAUGACCACCAAGGGCCCGCUCACCUUCAGCGGCACGGUGGCCACCAUCAACUCCGCGCUCCAGGCCGUGCGCUGCACGGGGUCGCAGUACUUCAACGGCAACGACACGCUGACGGUCAGCGUGACCAACUCUGCCGGCGCGGGCGACUUUACGCUGGUGCCCAUCUACGUGCGUGCGCGCAACAACCCGCCCUUCGCCACCGCGCCCUCCAGCGUGGCGAUCAACGUGACGGGCUCCGGGGUCAUCCCCGCGGCGGGCAGCGUCGGCCUGGCCAACGGCGCCGCCACGGGCGUGCGCAUCCCGGGGGUCGCACUCGGGGACCCCGACAACGCGGACACCCGAUUGGAUGGCCGCCGGUUGACGCUGUCGGUCACGCUGUCCGCUGCCAAGGGCACUCUCAGUGUGGACGUCACCAGCGACGUCCUCGUGACGGCUCCCGCCGAUACGCCUGUUGCGGCCAGCGGCCUGACGCGCGUGCAGGGCGGCAGCCUGGCUUUCACCGCCACCGUGGCGGCGGCCAACGCGGCGCUGCUCACCCUCGUCUACGACCGGCAGCCCGUCAACGGCACGAUGAGCAGUGCGGGCGACCUGGUGGUGGUGGCGGUGUCGGACGGCGGCAACUUUGGGUGCGAGCUGCUGUGCGGGGCCGGCGCGCCGCUGCCCAUGGCCGCCACCGCCAGCAUCGCCAUCGUCGUCGCAGGGGCCUCCCCCGACCCCUACGACCCGCUCCAGCCCAGCAGCACGCCUGCGACGGUGCUGGCGGGGUCGCUGGGCGGGCUGGGCCUGAUCGGGCUGGCCGUCAUGGCCGCGGUGGGCGGCCUGGUGUACGUGGCCGUGCGGCGGCACCGCGCGGCGCUGGACGGCGCGGACGACGACGACGACCAGGCGUACGAGGCGGCGCGCGUGUACAAUCCGCUCUGGGUGCCGUCCGCGGGGGGCGACCACGCGGCCGGCUUUGUGUCCACGCCCAACCCGCUGCUGCUGCGACAGAGGUCCGCCGAGCGAGAGCAGUUGGCCGCCAUCGACCGCGAGAUUGCGCACCGGGCAGACGCCAGCAGCCGGGCUGCUAGCCGCGGAGGGCCGCGCGCCCCGCCGCCGGGAGUCAGACGAGGCAGUAAUGGGGCCACGCCGGCCCAGAACCAAUGACACAACCCCGCUCGGGAGAGCAGCCGCCGUUAGUAUGACACACUACGAUGCCGGACCAAUUUGUUACCUUUUUAAGGUGGAUACGCGCAAGCACGUACUGAAUUCCGGGAGCAGGAACUCUACAUUCUUUGCAUUUUUUAGUACACAACAUACUUGCCAGAAGCCUCAUGUUUUAUAGGAGCGAGUACUUCGCACAGAUUCCUUUGAGCUUUUAAAAGAAAGGCCGGAGGGCUGGGUUCGGCCUCUGUCUCAUUUAAAACAUAAUCAAACUAUGCGUGAAGUUUGGCAGCUAGAGAGAUAUUGCACGUACAUUCGAAGUAGGUCACCGAGUUUUUGUGGGUUUGGCCGGACAAUCCAUGAAUCAUUCUAUGAUAAUCGCUGCUAGCUAGGCCCUGCUUGUGGUCCGUUGA